GAACUAUUCAUUAUACUAUGUCAUCACUUUGACUGGUUAUGUGUAACUGUUACUCUAAAUAGAGCAUUGUGAGUAAUCAUAAAAAUCAUACGGAAUCUUGUACUUUACCUUGAUAAACUAUUUGUUACGUUAAUUUGUUUUUUUUUAUUUUUGUAUUCUUUGAUUAAAGAUGACUUUGCAUAUUAUGUUAUAGUUGAAUAAGUGACCAGAGAUGUUUUUGUGACAAGAAUAAGGAAGUUAGUGAGGCAUGAGUCCUAGUUAAUGAUUGGUAGGAUUUUAGACUAUGAUAUGAGUUUUAUGUGAUAACAUGGUUGAAUGGUUUGGUAUUGUCCAAGGCAUUGUUGGUCAUUGUUUGAGACAUAGUAUUCACAGGGUAGCACAAGUGUGGUUUGUUCAAAAAGAGGGGGAAAUUAAAAAAGUAUUGCAUCUAUAAUUAUGUUUAUAAAAUGAGGAAAAUGUGAGGUUAUAAAAUAUUUGUACAAAAACCAACACUUCUGGAACAUUCCAGACGGAUCACACAGUAAUUCCCAACAAAGCACGCAAAAGACAAUCUAGAAAUGUACAAAAGUACAUUAACUUAGCCUUAUUCUAAAAUGGAUUAAAUAAAUGUUUUUCCUCAGCAAUCUACAUACAAUACCCCAUGCCAUCGACAGGUUCCCAUGCCUCAGCCGGCUCAACAGGUUCCCAUGCCUCAGCCAGCUCGGCUGGUUUCAGCGCCUCGCGUGGCUUUACAAGACUCGACUGAAGGGUCAAGGUAUGUCCACUCCGGCCUCUCAGGGGGUUCUACGGCCUGUUCUGAUUGGCUGUUUUUUAGUGGCAUGCUUCGUGGGAAUAUUCUUCAUUUACUACAAACCCCAGAUCAAGUUCCUUUCAUGCCCUACUGACCAGGCAUCCCACGAGGGGAAGGCUGGUUGUUCUCCUUGCCCUCAAGUAAGUAUGGCAGGGAGCCACACGGGGCAAAAAACACACCAUGCCCAGACAGCCAUUCAGGCCGAUGAUGACGGAGUCACAGACACUAUCAUUUUAAUCUGGAUGUGGCCAUUUGGUCAGGCCUUUGACAUAAACUCUUGUGCCUACUUUAACAUCAAAGGCUGUCACCUAACAGUGGAUAAAAACCUUUACAGCAAGGCGCACGGUGUCAUAUUCCACCAUAAAGACAUCCAUGGAGACCUGAAGAACAUGCCCCAAGAGCAACGUCCAUGGUUCCAGAAAUGGGUGUGGUGGAAUGGAGAAUCACCGGCUAACACAAACAGGAUUCCUGGUGUUGACCACUUGUUCAAUUUGACUGCGAGUUAUCGACUGGAUUCUGAUAUCAAGGUUCCAUAUGGGUUGCUUGUCGAGGUAACCAGUGAGGAUAAAAUCUUUGAGCUGCCCAAGAAGGACAAAUUAGUCUGUUGGGUAGUGAGCAACUGGAACCCAAACUACAAGAGGGUACAGGUGUUCAACGAGCUCAGUAGGCAUGUCAAAGUAGAGGCCUAUGGGAGACAUUUUAGUAGAUACCUAGAAAACGGAGACUACUCGAAGAUGCUGUCCAGCUGUAAAUUCUACCUGGCGUUUGAAAACUCCAUCUACAAAGACUAUGCUACAGAGAAGCUGUUCAACGCUAUGAAGUUGGGAGCAGUGCCCGUUGUUCUAGGUCCAUCCAGGGACAACUACGAACAAUUUAUCCCAGGGGACUCUUUCAUCCAUGUGGAUGAUUUCUCCUCUACAGAGGAGCUGGCAAAGAAGCUUCUCUUUCUCGGCCAGAACGAGGAAGAAUACAUGAGGUACUUCACCUGGCGAAAGAACUUUAAUGUUCAACAAGGGUAUUUUGGACUUGAGCACGCCUGUCGCUCAUGUGAUUACAUUCGAAGAAAUAAAGGAUACAAAACUUUUAAUAAUCUAAAUAAAUGGUUUUGGGGCUAAGUGACUAAUUUGUAGUGGGACAUUUCCAUGUAAAAGGACCCAUAAACACCAACCUGUAAAGUUCAAUCAAUACAAUGUAUUAUAAUGCCAUUUUUACAUCUGCAGAUGUCACAAAGUGCUUAUACAGAAACUGAGCCUAAAACCCCAAAGAGCAAGCAAUAUAGAAGCACGCUGGCUAGGAAAAACUCCCUAGAAAGGCUGGAACCUAGGAAGAAACUUAGAGAGGAUCCUGGCUUUGGUUGUGCCGGGUGGAGAUUAUAAGAGUACAUGGCAUUAAGGCCAGAUCAUUCUUCAAGAUAUUCAAACAUUUAUAGGCGACCAGUAGGGUCAAAUAAUAAUUAUAGUGGUUAUAGAUGUCCAGGACAAUGUAGCACGACCGGUGAACAGGUCAGGGUUCCAUAGCCGCAGACAGAACAGCAGAAAGUGGAUCAGUAGCACGACAAGGUAGUCCAUCCGGUGCACAGGUCAGGGUUCCACAGCCACAGGCAAACAGCAGAUGCUGGAUCAGCAGCACGACCAGGUGUUUCCCAACCCUGGUUCUCAAGUACCCCCAGCAGUACACAUUUUCAUUGUAGCCCUGGACAAACACACCUCAUUCAACUCAUUGAGGGCUUGAUGAUUAGUUGACAAGUUGAAUCAGGUGUGCUUGUCCAGGGUUACAACAAAAAUGUGUACUGUUGGGGGAACUCGAGGACCAGGGUCAGGAAACACUGACUUAAAACACAAGACCAAAUCUAUAUCGAUUGGAGUUGCUUACCAAGAAGACAGUGAAUGUUCCUGAGUUACAGAUUUUACUUAAAUCUACUUGAAAAUCUAUGGCAAGCCCUGGAAAUGGUUGUCUAGCAAUAAUCAACAACCAAUUUGACAGAGCUUGAAGAAUGUUUAAAAGAAUGAACGGCAAAUGUUGCACAAUCCAGGUGUGGAAAGCUCUUAAGCCUUGUUCACAACGCAGGCCUUAAUGCUCUAAUCUGUUUUGGAGUACUGACUGUCCAAACAGCAGGUUACAGGUGACCAAAUCAGAUCUGUGUGUGUUCAGACAGAAGUCAUUUGCUGAUAAGGCUAUGCUAGUUGUCAUAGUAAUGACGGGUGUGUGUGUGAGACCAGUAGUGUAGGCUGAUUGGUGGUGGUGCUUCCUUUCACUCAGAAGUUGCAUAGCAAGCUAAAGUGACGACAAUGCCUGCCAUGGCCGUUUCCCAGUUGAUUUGAAUGUUUAAAAUCAUAGUGUAAGAACACUUUUAAAGCCUCAAAGGAUAAGAUGAUCCAACUUGUCAAACUGUCAACUGAGUAGCUAGCAAGCAACAAGAUAUGCCGAAUAACAGUCUAAAAAGCACUUGAGGGCAUAUAAAUCACAAUUCACAUGGCCAUGAAUCCGAUUUGUAUCUUUUUUUUUAUUUUUUUUUGUAUUAUUUCACCUUUAUUUAACCAGGUAAGCUAGUUGAGAACAAGUUCUCAUUUACAACUGCGACCUGGCCAAGAUAAAGCAAAGCAGUGCGACACAAACAACAACAAAGAGUUACAGAUGGAAUAAACAAGCGUACAGUCAAUAACACAAUAGAAAAGUUUACAUACAGUGUGUGCAAAUGGCUUGAGGAGGUAGGCAAUAAAUAGACCAUAGUAGCGAAGUAAUUACAAUUUAGCAGAUUAACACUGGAGUGAUAAAUGAGCAGAUGAUGAUGUGCUAGUAGAAAUACUGGUGUGCAAAAGAGCAGAAAGUAAAUAAAAACAAUAUGGGGAUGAGGAAGGUAGAUUGGGUGGGCUAUUUACAGAUGGACUAUGUACAGCUGCAGCGAUCGGUUAGCUGCUCAGAUAUCUGACUUCAAACCACCUACGAAGGCUGUUCAGACUGAGGGAAAAAUAACAGAUUCAAAUCGGAUAUGCAAAUAAAUAGGAUUUGGGACACUUCAUACCGCCAAUGUGAACAUUGCUUUAGAGACCUACCCAGAAAGUCACACAGCUGUAAUCGCUGCCAAAGGUGCUUCUACAAAGUAUUCUCAGGGAUGUGAAUACUUAUGUAAAUGAGAUAUUUCUGUAUUUCAUUUUCAAUUCAAAAAUAAUAUAUUUGUCAUUAUAGGGUAUUUUUUGUAGAUUGAGGGAAAAUAUAUAUUUAAGAAAUGUUGAACUUAAGCUGUAACACUAUUUUUGUAAAAAAAAAAUAUAUAUAUAUAUAUAUAUAUAUAUAUAUAUAUAUAUAUAAAUAUAUAUAUAUAAGUCAAGGGGAAUGAAUACUUUCUGAAGACACUGGGCCCUUUCCAAAUUUACCCCUGGACAGGGCCAACCCCACCCACUUUGCCAAAACACAACCCCCACACCAACAUAGGGAUAACAACAGACCACUAACUUACUACCUUGAGACAAGGCCAAGUAUAGCCCACGAAGAGUACAGGAAGGAUGGGAGAGCUCAAGCAAGCCAGUGACUCAGCCCUCGUAAUAGUGUCAGAGGAAGAGAAUCCCAGUGGAGAGAGAGGAGCCGACGAGGCAGAGACAGCAAGGGCAGUUCAUCAUUCACUCGCCUUCCAUCUAUUUCAGUUGGUAGAGCAUGGUGUUUGCAACACCAGGGUUGUGGGUUCGAUUCCCAUGGGGGGCCAGCACAGGGAAGAAGAAAAAAAAUGUAUGCAUUCACUACUGUAAGUCGCUCUGGAUAAGAGCGUCUGCUAAAAGACGAAACUUUUUUUUUUUUAAAUGUCCAGUGCCUUGCUGUUCAACCUUCGCACCCCUGGUACGACCAAACCUGACUGUUGAAUGUUCUGUUUUUGCACACUGUUUGCAUAGUUGUUUCAUUGUUUGGACAGAAUAUACUGUGAUUACAAAUGUGAAAUAUCAUGUAAAUGUGUAUCACACUAAUGUCUUGUCAUGACAGCAAAGGUAACAAGUUAUAGUUACCCACAUUUAAAUCAUUAUCUGCCCAGAUAUCUGCUGAUUCCAGUAAUUCUGUUAUUGUUUCAGGAUAAUAAACUGACAAUACAAGAGCAAUGGAAUAUUGCACUGAACAGGGUUUGACAGUGAUGGAUGGAAAAGAGGAACUCUGUUACCAUAGUGUUCUUGUAUUGUUAACCCUUGACAAAGAAUGUGGUAUUACCAUGAAACAAUGUUGAAGGUGUUUCUGAGCAAAUAGUGUUUUGAAAAAUAUAACUUGUUAGCAAAUAAUGUAAUGUAAAAUAAAAUAAAAUCAAAUUGUA